CAGAGCGCAUGUUCCAUCGUUCUGUAGAACUGGCUGUAGAACUGGCUGGAGUCGAGGUGUUGAGGUCCUGAAGUUUAGCCGAAAUAUUACCGCAGUAGAGCUCCAUGCCCAGGUGUCGUCUUCCAUUAUCGACGUUGCGACCUGUCCAACCUCAUAACACCCACGAGUAAAAACCACGGAGGUCAAUCCGGCAGCGUUUCACAAUGAGGUUCACGACCCUCAUAUCCAGCCUUUGCGCAGCGGCGCUUGUCGCUGCCGACCAGCGCACCGCCCAAAUUUACAUCCAGCCCAUCCACGCCUCAACACCCGACCCCCAGCCGCUCGCUGAAGUCGCCUACGACCCGGCGGCCGCCUCCUCAUCGCAAGUCAUAUCCUACGAAGCCCCCGAGCUACCCGAGGGCGCGUCCCUCGUGCGCAUCGGCCUGUACGACACCAAGUCGGGGCGGUGGAUCUCCGGCACGACGGCGGCGAGCGUGGACAACUUCGACAAGGGCUACGCACCCAACAUCCUACUGUCGGUGGAUGAGGAGGGCGAGGUGCGCAGCGCAGCGUACAAGGGCGUGCAGAUUGACGCGGGCCAGACGCGCGACUUUGGGCCCAAGGUGGUGGUGUUGACGGCGACUAAGGGGAAGCAGCCGGAGCUGAACAAGCCGGUGGUGCUGUCGCCCGAGGGGAAGAAGGUGGGAGAGGAGCCGGAGAAGACACUCCUGCAGAAGUACUGGUGGGUUCUUGGUCUUGUCGUGGUUAUGACGAUGGCCGGAGGCGGCGACAAAUAGACAUGCAUUUCCAAACUGCUUUAAUCAAAUAACGCCGAGAUUACAAUUCUCUCAUUGCCAAACUGGGAGGCGGCAGCUCUCUGCAUUCUUCAUUGCCCAUGCAGCGGUGAACGAGCGGUCGUAGGUCCGCGGCCCGGGCCCCAGAGGGUGAAUGGAGUUGAGCUUCAGAUGCUGAGCCACCCAGCCUGAUGCAUCUCGCAAGCCCUAAUCAAACGAUGUCUAAUUUGACCUUGAGACACACAUCCUUGCCUCCAAUAACAGUGCCCUCCAGCUCGUUCCCGGAUACUCCUAUUGUAACCGAUUCUGCUCACGUGCUUGUGCAUGUGAUUAAGAAAAGCAAGUGCUCACAUAGCGCUAGCUCAAAUCGGGACUAGAGCGGUUGCUAUGAGAAG